AUGGACAUCAGGCGCCUUGCUCCGGCAGCACAGCUGCUACUAGUUCUCGGCCUGGGCCUCUCCCAGCUCACAUCGGCCUUUCCUACGGCCUAUGCCGAACCCAACUCGACAGACUCUAAGCUCGGGGCUGUCGCCUCUGAGAGCGCUGUAUGUAGCAACAUAGGCAUUCAGCUGCUCGAGCAGGGCGGUAACGCCAUUGACGCAAUGGUUGGCACCACCUUCUGUGUCGGCGUUAUCGGCAUGUACCAUAGCGACAUAGGUGGCGGCGGCUUUGCCCUCGUCAAGAGUCCAAACGGCACCUAUGAGUGCGUUGACUUCAGAGAGACAGCGGCCGCGUCUUACUACGAGACCAUGUAUGUCAACCAGACAGACCUGAGCCUCUAUGGAGGCCUUGCAGCUGGCGUUCCCGGUGAGCUGCGAGGGCUCGAGUACCUUCACCACAAGUAUGGAACUCUUCCUUGGAAGACGGUGAUGCAGCCCGCCAUUAAUGUGGCCCGUAACGGCUUCCAAGUCACUGCCGACACGGUCCGAUACAUCGCCUCAGUCACCAAUCCCGAAUUUUUGACUCAGGAUCCGUCUUGGGCCAUUGACUUCGCCCCCAAUGGUACCGUUGUCCAGCUAGGCCAAACCAUGACAAGAAAACGCUAUGCUGACACGCUGGAGACCAUUUCCAACGAGGGGGCGGCAGCUUUCUAUGAGGGCGCCAUUGCCAACGCAACCAUUACUGCCCUUCAAGCUUCAGGUGGAACCAUGACCCUGGAGGACCUCGCUAACUACACCAUUGCGAUCCGUGAUGCGGUCGACGUUAACUACCGAGGCUACAAGGCGACCUCCUGCAGCGCUCCCUCUGGUGGCGAGGUGGCACUGUCGAUCCUGAACAUUGUUAAUGGUUUCGACGGCUUUGGUGACCCAGCCCAGAUCAACCUUACCACCCACCGUCUGGACGAGGCCUUUAGGUGGUCGUAUGGGCUUCGAGUGAACCUCGGCGACCCUUCCUUUGUGCCUAACCUGACUCAAUAUCAGGCCAAUAUGCUUUCCGAGAAGGCUGCUGCCGAGAUUCGUUCAAAGAUCUCGGACACGACGACAUUCAAUACUUCUUACUACGACCCCCUAGGCAUCGAAGUCCUUUCUGACAAUGGCACAUCACACAUCGCCGCUGCAGACAAGAGCGGCCUUACCGUGUCCAUCACCACGACGAUUAACACCAUCUUUGGCUCCCGUGUAAUGGUUCCCGAGACCGGGGUAAUAAUGAAUAACGAAAUGAACGAUUUCUCGACUCCUGGUUCCACAAAUGCCUUCGGCUACGCGCCCAGUGAGGCCAACUUCAUCAGGCCCGGAAAGCGACCGCUGUCCUCCAUUUCACCGACUAUCGUCGAGUACCCGGGUGGCGGGCUAUUCUUGAUCAGCGGGAGUGCGGGUGGUUCGCGUAUCAUCACUGCAACGGCCCAGAUCAUCCAUAACGCCCUAGACCGGAACAUGACUGCUGCCGAGGCCCUUGCUGCACCUAGGCUGCACGACCAGCUAAGCCCUAACGUCCUGUCGUUUGAGUAUGCGUUCGACAACUCCACAACUGCCUACCUGGCCGGCCUGGGGCAUACGAUCCAGUGGGUUGCACCCGGGUCCAGCACGGCGCAGGCCAUCAGGAGGCUGCCCAAUGGAACGUUUGACGCGGCAGGGGAGCCCAGGCAGCUUGCUAGUGGCGGAUUUGCUAUCUGA